UCUGACCCGAUGAAGAGCUUGGCCCUCUCUAUGGGAGAAAGAUCAUUUUAAGUAUCCGCAUAGUUGUUUAUAUCACACUGGAAACCUUUAUUCAUGCGAGACUGUAAAUAAGUUAAUGUUUAGGGCGGUGAGUUGAAAAAAAAAAAAAAACUGGCCCUAAAAUGCCAAAGAAUUCACGCUGUGAAACACCGAAAACGGAAUUAUCGGCUCUCAUGUAAAGUCAGGUCGGUUUAAUUCGUUUUGUAAAGAACAACGGAUUGAAGAAUUUCAGAUAAAAAAAAAACAUCCAGGAGUUAUAAAAGGAAGUCGGAACGGAGUCCGUGUCUCUGUGGUAUUUAAUAAGCUCGUGUCCUAAGCCAUGGGGGCAUUUUUGGACAAGCCGAAAACGGAGAAACACAACGCACACGGUGCAGGUAAUGGCCUGCGUUUCGGUCUGAGCAGCAUGCAGGGCUGGCGGGUGGAAAUGGAAGAUGCUCACACAGCAGUCGUUGGCCUACCUCAUGGCCUCGACGACUGGUCCUUCUUUGCCGUUUACGACGGGCACGCUGGUUCACGUGUGGCCAACUACUGCUCAAAACACCUACUGGAGCACAUCAUCAGCAGCAGCGAGGACUUCCGUCCCGGCCGUGACUCGGUCGAGGGCGUGAAGAGCGGAAUUCGCUCAGGCUUUCUGAAGAUAGAUGAGUACAUGCGCAACUUUUCCGAGCUGCGUAAUGGUAUGGACCGUAGCGGCUCGACGGCUGUGGGUGUGCUGCUCUCGCCUGAGCACCUUUACUUCAUCAACUGUGGCGACUCUCGUGCUGUGCUUUGCCGUGCUGGUCAGGUGCGCUUCUCCACUCAGGACCAUAAGCCCUGCAACCCCCGUGAAAAGGAGCGUAUCCAGAACGCCGGCGGCUCUGUCAUGAUCCAGCGCGUCAAUGGCUCCCUCGCGGUGUCGCGUGCUCUCGGUGACUAUGACUACAAGUGUGUGGAUGGAAAGGGACCCACAGAGCAGCUGGUGUCCCCUGAGCCUGAGGUCUUUGAGAUUCCUCGCGUUCCAGAUGAGGAUGAGUUUGUGGUGCUGGCUUGCGAUGGCAUCUGGGACGUUAUGAGCAACGAGGAGCUGUGCGAUUUCGUGCGAUCCCGUCUGGAAGUGUGUGAUGACCUCGAGAAAGUUUGCAACUCUGUCGUAGACACAUGUCUACACAAAGGCAGUCGUGACAACAUGAGUGUUGUAUUGGUGUGUUUGCCCAAUGCACCCAAGAUAUCAGAAGAGGCGAUGAAGAAAGAGGCAGAGCUGGACAAGUUUCUGGAGUCUCGUGUUGAGGAGAUCAUGGAGAAGUCAGGAGAGGAAGGAGUCCCGGACCUGGCUUGUGUCAUGCGCAACCUUUCUGCUGAGAACAUCCCAAACUUACCACCAGGAGGUGGUCUUGCGAGCAAGCGCAGUGUAAUUGAGGCAGUGUACAACAGGCUUAACCCACAUAGAGAAGACGAUGGGAGUGGAGGUGACCUGGAUGAUCCGUGGUAGCCAGAGACACCCAUGACUGCAGUCUUCACACAAGAAUGUCCUCAGUUCACACACACAAAAAAAGAAAAUCUUUACUCACACUUUUUGGUUUUGAUUCCAAGAGAUUCAUAGGAAAUAUUCAAAGCCUGGGAUGAAAACACAAAUGCAUCAAAACACUUCUUUCGAUGAUGAGGAAUCUACAGAAAUGGCAAGUUUUUUUUUUUUUUUUUAUUUUUUUUUUAGUUUUUUUUUUUAUAUAUAAAGAACUGCACCGUUGUAUGGUAAAGAAAAAUAAUUUCAUUUUUUGUUCCAUGAUUUUUUCCCCCUUUCCAUGUAAGCUAACAGUUAUGAUGAGACUGAGGAUUUGUGGUUUCUUGAGCUGUAGCAGAGACACUAGACUUAAUGACUGGUGGACAGACUGCAGCACCAGCGUGAGCUCUGAGAGGGUGGGAAAAGGUGUUUGGACCGCUGUCAUUAAUGCAGGGUGCUCUAGCAUGAUGAGCUUUCCCUGCACUUCCUGACCUGUCUUAUACAUGGCUCUCCUACUCACUCUACGCAUGCGCAGCUUUCCAGAGACAUGACCUCACGGUCAGUGUUCACUAGGUUCAGCCACCAAACGCCACCAACUCUGCUUAAACCCUGCAUUUACACUCUUUUCUCUGCAGUUAUAUUUUGUCAGAUGCUAGUUUUGGUGCUUGCAGUAAAACAACAAUGAAAAUAAUAGUAGCGCUCAUUAUAGAACAAGCGUUAACAAGGACAUGUGCACUCAGCAACUAAAGGGGAAAUUAACUACUGUAGAGAGUGUAAAUAUGAUGAGCUUUUGGGUUUUGGGUGGCCUUAUGCGCUGACCUUCUACUUCCUGUGGCACUCACAUCAAACCAGAGCUUCACAAUCUAGUUCUAAAGGAUCCUCAGUCGAAUUCAGAAUUUUUAUCACAAUCUGCAGCUGUUGAUUUAAGUCUGUUUUAAUAAGUGAAAUCUAUUUUUGUGCAGUAGAUUGUUUAGAACAAUAGGGGAUCCAAAAGAACUGGCUUCAAAACUUCUCUUUUAAAACCUCCAGAGCUUUUACCUUUUGCUCUUCUCAUUUCUCUACUUGUGGUCCUGACUUGUGGCUUGCCUUCUGUUUUUUUUUUUCCUUUAAAAACAGUGUACAAUAUAGAACCUUUAACACAAAACAUUUUAACUUUAAUUUUUAAACAAUUCUGCAUUUUAAAGCUUUUUAUUAAAGCUUCCUUUCAUUAUGAUCUAUGGUAUAAUUGGUAUUAUUUGCAGUUAGAUUUGGUUACAGGGGAAUAGCAUGACUUUAAAUAAAGUAAUCGAGACACUUGAGGUUGGUUAAGUAUUUCUAAAGCAAAACUGCUGAACUGCAUGCAUGCAUAUCAUCGUGAUGUUUGCAAGAACAACAGCAAACACUACUCCAGUAGUAGUCCAGAAGGUACUGGAAUUUUUCAUGGGUGAAUCUUUUACUCCCCACCCCCCUUCCUCUACCCCCUCUUUGUGACUGGCAGUGGGUUAACAGUUAUUUAACUUAACAGUAUUUUUGGUUUCACAUGUUAAUCUGUGUCUGUGAGAAUGACUGGAAGAUCUUUGGCAUUAAGAGUUUGCUUGCAGAACAUUGUUAUGGAUGAAUGUACCCCUGGUUUGCACAUACACAUGGACAUGCAUGUAUAGUGUUAAACCACUUCCAUAUUAAGGUAGCCUGAUUUAGAUGUUUAAAAUGUUCACACGCACACACAACAGGUGACCAAUUAAGGGAAAAAUCAGUGGGGUCGUUGUACUGUGGAGGGUAUUUUGCAUUUCUUUCCUGAUGAGAGUGGUCCUUCCUCAUUCACCACAGCAUGAGGGGCUCACGCUUGAAUUUGACAAUGAUGUAAAUCUCAUGCUCUGGCCUUCAAUAUGCUCAGAUUUCUAAACAUGUGCAGACAUGGGAGACUGCAAUCAUGAGCUAGAUCUGUUCAACUUUCUCAUACAGUUUCAGAGACAGAGAAUCUGUCCCAAUGCCUAUUGAAGUGAUUCUGCCAGCUUUUUGCUGAACGAACAUUUUCCAGUACCCCCUUUUGCUAUUUUUUUUCCUUUUAAUUUGUCACCUGUCUGAGUGAUAAUCAGGCAACCUUGGCAUAAAAUGCUAAAUGUUUGUAUUCUCCAGAAACUAUAAUUUGCAUUUGUGGCCUUUUUUAAAUAAAAAAAAAAGUAUCUUUCCCCUCUACUGAUUUUUCACUGACCUCACCUGAUCUGGUGUGCAGCUUUAAAAUGUGUGUUAUUCAAUUUGAGAUUAUUGUUAAUGUGUAUAUAUAUUUGCAGUUUUAUUUCCCACUGGUACAAAUAAAUUGUAGCCAUAUGCUGGAAUGCUUAAUUUUAUUAUGGUUAGAACUAGGAAAUAAAUUUACUAAAUGAAUUGAGAUGGCAAAAGAUAUAUAUUUUGUGCUGUGGGUGCCAAUGGACAUGCAUCCAGGUUUUUUUUUUCCUUUUUUUUUUUUGUAUAUCUACAAUGAUAACUAGAUUGAUUGUUACGAAAGAUUUUAUUUAUUCAGAAGAUGUGGCUUUAUGAGAUGUGCUUUGUCAGAGGGAGGAGGGUUUGAGAGAAGUUGGGAGGGGGGAGAUUGCUGGCUCAAUCUGUUUUUGAGAUUGUGAUGGAGAGCUGUCUCGCUUCUUUUGCUCAGUCUGUUAAUCCUUUGCACUCUUUCUCGUGCCCACAUUCUCUCUUCCUCCCUCACUCCAUCUCUCUGACCCUCUCUAUCCACCUGCUAACAUCCAUGUAAUUAUAGUCCCCAGUACAAUGUUGUGUUUCAUUAGAAUACAGUGAAAAUGAUCUGUUAUUAAUAAAGGAUUGUUAAAGGUU